GUGUCGGGUUCGGCAUACCGAAGCAGACGAAGUUCAUCAACUUUUGCAUAAUGUUGAGAGCGUCCGUUCUGAGGUUGUUUUCUCAGUCAAUACGUCAGACCGUUUAUUUAAGAGAAUGUCUGGACACAACUGCAUUCCCAAACACCCUAAAAUUGUAUUCCACACAAACUGCUGUGAAAGAACAACCAGGAACGACGGUGUCUGAAAAAGAAGCCGAGGAAACUCGAAUUGGGAAGAGGAGACCGUUGGAAAAUGCCCCAUUUAUACGAGAACUUUUUCUUGGGAGGUUUGCUAAAGAAAUGCUGGUUUAUCCAGAGAUGACAAAAGAAGAGCUGGAGCACCUUAAUCAGAUGGUCCAACCUAUAGAGAAGUUCUUCAAUGAAGGAUUGGAUUCCAAAAGCAUUGAUGUCAACGCCAAGAUUCCUGACGAGGUUCUGCAGAGUUUGAAGGACCUUGGACUUUUCGGUCAGCAGAUUCCAGAAGAAUAUGGUGGACUUGGGCUCAACGCCACUGAGUUUGCACGACUGGCCGAAAUCACAGCAUUGGAUGGCUCCAUAGCUGUCACACUAGCUGCUCAUCAGUCUAUUGGACUCAAGGGUAUUCUUAUUGCUGGGACAGCGCAACAGAAGGCCAAAUAUUUGCCUAAGCUUGCCACAGGAGAGCACGUUGCUGCAUUUUGCCUGACGGAACCCUCCAGUGGAAGUGACGCCGCAUCCAUUCAGACUAGAGCCACGCUAUCUGAGGACGGAAAGACAUUUCUUCUUAAUGGCGGCAAAAUAUGGAUCUCCAACGGGGGCAUUGCAGACAUCUUCACUGUAUUUGCCAAAACAAAAGUCACUGUAGACGGGGUGGAGAAGGAUAAAGUAACAGCCUUCAUUGUGGAGAGGGAGUUUGGUGGAAUCACAAGUGGGAAGCCUGAGGACAAACUUGGAAUCCGGGGAUCUAACACCUGUGAAGUUCAUUUUGAUAACACCCCUGUUCCUUUGGAGAAUGUCAUCGGAGAGGUCGGAGGAGGGUUCAAGGUGGCAAUGAAUAUCUUGAACAGUGGUAGAUUUAGCAUGGGGAGUUCAGGGGCAGGGAUCCUAAAAAAGUUGAUCGGAAUGACUUGCGAGCAUGCGGUCUCAAGAAAGCAGUUUGGGUCCCCACUGGCUGAAUUCGGUCUUAUUCAGGAAAAAUUUGCACAGAUGACAAUCACUACCUAUGCAAUGGAAAGCAUGGCAUAUCUGACGGCAGGAGUUAUAGACCUUUAUGAAAAACCAGAUGUUUCACUAGAGGCCGCUAUUGUGAAGGUGUUUAGUUCGGAGGGGUGCUGGAGCUGUGUGAACGAGUGUCUACAGAUCCUCGGGGGGCUUGGAUAUAUGAAGGACUACCCCUACGAGAGAUACCUCAGGGAUGGGCGCAUUCUCAUGAUUUUUGAGGGAACCAAUGAGAUUCUACGGCUUUUCGUUGCAUUAGAAGGAAUGAAGUAUGCGGGGAAGGAAUUAAAAGAUGCAGUCAAAAUUGCUAGAAAUCCGUGGAAAAACCCUGGAGUGGCAUGGAAAAUGUACAAGAAGGCUGUUAGUCGACAGUUCAGUUCCAAGAAAAGGAAUUCUGAAAAUGCAGUCUCAGUUCAUCAACCAUAUAAUUCAAAAUUAAAGCUCCAUCAAUCGUUACAUAACACGCUACAGUAUGAAGCUCUUCUCUUAGAAGGAUGCACAGAGGCUUUCCAGAAGGUUGUGGAGCAUUUACUUAUAACCCAUGGAAAGGAGAUCAUUAGUGCCCAGAUGGAUCUAGCUAAAGUGUCCAAUAUAGUGAUAGACCUGUAUGGGAUGACGGCGUGUCUGAGUAGGUCUAACCGAUCCUACUGUCUGGGACUCCAGAACGCUGACCACGAGAUAAUGUUGACAAAGGCUUUCUGUAAGGAUGCAACAAAAAGAAUCAAUACAAACUUGAAAGAAAUCUACAGCGGACCAGUAGAAAACAACUCUGAGAAUUAUGAACACAUAUCCCAGGCAGUGUUUAAACAUGGUGGCUAUGCGGCGUCUCAUCCACUGGAGAGAAUGUGGUGAAGUCUCCACAGAAUACUGAACUAGUGAUAAACUUGUGGUGAAGUCCCCACAGUGUGCUGAACUUGUUAGGGACUUAUGAAGGAUCCGCUAGCUAUAACUGAUAACUGUGAUAUAUGUGGAGAUCAAACAGUUUAUAUCUAUUUAUAUAAAACUACAAUGAAAACUUG